GUCGCAACUGUCAAUUAUUUGUCAGUAGCAUGUCCGCCGGAUAUGUGACGUGUAUUACGGUCGUAGAUAACCUAGUUACAGCAGAUUAUUAGAAUUAACAUGGAAUAUUUUAAGAGUGGGUUAAAGUCGGUGCUUGGAACACCACAAGAAGGGUUGCAGCCCACAGGAGCGGAAACGGUUGAGAGGCUGGUAGAUCGUGUUCGGUCUUCAACUUUGCUGGAUGAUCGGAGAGAUGCUUGUCGAGCACUCAAAGCUUUAUCACGAAAGUUUCGCAUUGAAGUUGGAGCCCAAGGAAUGGAUGCUCUUUGCCAAGUGUUGGAAAUGGAUCGGGGAGACUGUGAGAUUGUGGGAUAUGCACUGGACACACUCUGCAAUAUCACAGCCUCAGAGAGCUUUGAAGAUGAAGAACAUCCACACCUUUCCCCCACUUCUGUGGGUAGCUUAGGGGAGCAGUUUACAGAGAUAUUCAUCAAACAGCAUGAUAAUGUAGGCCUGGUGUUGGGGUUCCUAGAAGAGUAUGACUUCCACGUCCGGUGGCCAGCAGUCAGAUUAUUAACUUCAUUACUUGCUAACAAACCAAAAGACAUCCAAGAAAUAAUCCUCGUGAGUCCAAUGGGGGUGUCGAAACUCAUGGAUAUCCUCGGGGACAGCCGGGAAGUGAUCAGAAAUGAUGCUUUGCUACUGCUGAUACAACUUACCAAAGGCAAUGCCAACAUUCAGAAGAUCGUAGCGUUUGAGAAUGCAUUUGAUCGCCUGUUUGAUGUAAUCUCAGAGGAGGGAUAUGCGGAUGGAGGGAUUGUUGUUGAGGACUGUCUACUUCUUAUGCUCAAUCUGCUUAGGAACAACACUUCUAAUCAGAGUUUCUUUAAAGAAGGAAGUUAUAUUCAGCGGCUGGCACCCAUGUUUAACUUGCCUCCUGAAGGAGACGAUACAGGUUGGUCAGCACAGAAAGUCAGUAAUGUUCACUGCAUGUUACAAGUAGUCCGAACACUGGUAAUGCCUGGGAAUCCUGCUCAGGUGACGAUGUCUUCACAGAAGGCAAUGAAGGCGUGUGGGUUGCUGGAGAUCCUCUGCGGCAUUCUGAUGGCAAGUGGUGUGCCAGUGGACAUCCUUACUGAGACCAUCAACACUGUAGCGGAGGUGAUCCGAGGCAACCACGGAAACCAAGAGUAUUUUGCCAGUGUGAUGGCCCCAUCAAAUCCUCCCAGGCCUGCUAUUACGGUUCUUUUGAUGUCAAUGGUGAAUGAGAAGCAGUCAUUUGUGUUGCGCUGCUCUGUUCUCUACUGCUUCCAGUGUUUCCUUUUCAAGAAUGAAGUUGGACAGUCUCAGCUUGUGCAGACCUUACUGCCAUCUAGCACAGAAGUAGCAAACUUGACAACAGGCCAGCUUUUGUGUGGUGGGCUGUUCAGUGGGGAUUCCCUGUCUAACUGGUUCUCUGCAGUGGCUCUGUCACAUGCUCUGGUCGAGAACCCGGCUCAGAAAGAGCAGUUGUUGCGUGUGCUGCUGGCAACCAAUGUUGGCAGUCCACCCAUCUCCCUCCUCCAUCAGUGCACCAUGCUGCUGCAGCAGGGCAGCAAGAUGCAGUCAAAGUUGGGGCUGCUAAUGCUGCUGAGUACGUGGCUGGCACACUGCCCCCAAGCUGUGAAGCAGUUCCUUAGCAUUCCAACGAGUAUCCCAUACCUAACUGCACAGGCUGGCUCGAAUGAACAUGAUGACAGUGAAGAGUUGGUGCAAGGGAUAUGCGCAUUCCUCAUGGGAAUUUGCAUCAACUUCAAUGAUGACACAGUUACCACCUUUUCCAAAGAGAAGCUACGUCAGAUAGUAGAGAAGAGACUGGGUCUGGAAACUUUCCUGGACAAAAUGGGAGAAGUUUCAAAACAUGAACUGUACAGUAAAGCUGCCAAGCACCCACAGCUCCGGCCCAAACAGCCCAGUGAAUUGCUGCUCGACCAUGAAUUUUGCCGUCUCUUCAGGGCCCUUGAAGGAAUGGUGGUCAGAGCUCUUUCUUCUAAGCCACACAGUGAUCUCGUCAAUGGAUCUUCAGAGCAUUCCUUGUUGGCAUCAGAGAACAGUCUGUUGUUGCAGUACAAGGAGCUGAUCCGAGAGCAGGACCACAAGCUUCAGGAACUGACACAGACCACUGAGCGACUUACAGUGGAAAAGUCCACACUGCAGAGAGAAGUUAAGGAUCUGAAAUCUACACUAUCUCAGCUCCGGGAUGAGAACAUGCUACUCCGUGCACAGGCCAACACAGGACUUGGACAGACCACAAGUGGCAACACAUUAGGACGUGAAGCAUUCCACAUGCUGGAGGAAGUGCGGGCCGAGGCCCGUCGAUGGAAGGAGCAGAGUGAACAAAAGGACAGCCUCAUCUGCAAGCUUGAGGAACAGGUGAAGUCUGGUGUAGUUUCAGACCUGGACACUCAACUGACGUUGAAAUCCGCGGAUCAGACAAUUGCGAGCAGUGACAUAGAGAGGGAGCUGCAGGAGACACGUCAGCAGCUGGCAGCUACAGAGGAGAAGUUGGCAGAAUUGGCAACAGCAAACGGUGAGAUCGAGAAAAUGCAGAAAGACCAAGAAGACUUACUGGAGCUGCUUACAGAUCAGGACACGAGACUGAACCAGUUGAAGGCCCAGCUGAGAGCCCUUGGUGAGAAGGUGGAUGAUGAUGAUGACGAUAAUGAUGAAGACUUGGAGGAAGAAGCUGAGGGUUGUGAGGAUGAGAACUCGGCAUGAAACACCUGAAUACAGAAACACCGAAAUACAUGAGCCUUGCAGGUAACACUUAAUGCUGAAAGAGUGAACAUUCUGUUGUACAUAAAACUGAGAUUUUUUUUUUCAAAUAAAUCUUAUUGGUGGUUGGAAUUUCAGGACAUCAAAAUUGCUUUGUAGUAAAUCAUUUCUGUAUUUCUUGUGGUUAAAACUAGCCGAAUGAUGUGGAGUCUUUACGAUAUUGUAAAAACAUGACGGACUUUCUUUUUAAAAUUCUGAUGUGUGCUGUCAUUCAUUUACAUAUACUUUUUUAUUUAUUUAUUUCAUGUUCUGUCUCUCCACCCAUCCAAUUUUAAUAAAUGUUGCCAGUGACAUGAAUUAGUCCAGCAUGUGGAAUCAGUUCUUCCAUAAAGAAAUGAAAUGUGUAAUAUUCAUUCCUUUAUGAGAGUGAAAUUUGGUGGGAAUUAUUGAUCUUUGUCAUACAGAAAUAGGGGAUUUAAAUCCAUGGACUAUGCGACUGCUGACCAGACUUUAACUCCAGCAUUUAACAGUUUAGCAAUAAUCUGCCAUGAUGCAUGGCCAAUAAAGGUUAAACUGAUACUGACAGUGAUAUAUGGACAUGCAUAAGGCAUGUCUUAUUAACUGGAUUUUCAGAUUGUUUUAUAUUUUGAACCUGUGUAGUACAUUUUUUGAAAUGUAAAAUACAGUUAGCAAACUCAGGAUACACUCUGUGUACCCUGUUCGUAUAUAAUGUUAGUUCAGUGCAAACUGAAUUUUUAUUAACAGUGCAUUGAGACAUUGCUAAAGUUAUUUACAUUCAUAAUCAUAAAGUAAUAUGAAAAACAAAUGACAGGUUUGAAUCACAUUUCUAGUAAUGUUAGAGAUAGGAGAACUUCUAGCAAGGAUUAUAUAUUUUCAGUAAUCUCAUUCUAUCAUGAACACAAAGUUUUCAGAAAUUCUUGUAGUGUGCAAAUGUAAAGCAUGGUGAUUAUGGCCGGUGGGCAUUUGUCAAAGUGAAGUCUGUAAGUAUAUAUACUGCUAACUGCAAGUUCCCAACGCAGCUCCCAUGCACUGCCAAGUUAAGAAACUGUGUGUUCUUAAUGAGCAUAACAUUGCAAAAGGCAGGUUUUGUUUGUGCUUUGUCACAGGAUUUUGUGUGUUUUUUUCAUAGUUCUGUUGUGCAUUUGUUUUAAAAUGUCAUAACACUUAUGUUUUAGUAAGACAGAGAAUAUGAAACCGUGGAUAAUUUCUUGUCUCUAUAAAGCUGGCAAAAGUUCUUGCCUGGAUGGUCACUGGUGCUUGACUAACAUUGUUUUCAAUUUAGCAGUGUUUGUUAGAAAUGCUUUAUAACUGUUCUGGUAUUUGAGUCAAUACCUGUUAGGUGGGAGGUACGUUGCUUGCUUUCAUGAUGGCUAAGGCCUCUGAAUGAUUUUGAAGGCUUGUGAAGGAUAGCACUACAGAGAACUUAAUUUGUUCUGUAUUCUGAAAAUAAGUCAUGUUGAAGUAAACACAAAUGUUUAAUAAGUUUGUUACCACUUUCAUGCAGAAGAAAAUUAGAAAUAGUGUCAACUUCCUCUUGCAGUAAUGUUCCAACAUUACCCAAUACGCUGAAGACAGUGAUGUUCUUUCAGUGUUCAUGUGGCAAAAAGUUCUGUCCCACUACAAUGGAGAUCAUAUUUAGGGAUGGUAACAAACUUAUGAAACUCUGUAAAUCACAUUAUAUGUUUCUGCUGUUCGGAUGUCCUUCAGAAUUAGCAAAUUAGAAAGUGUAAAUUUGUGUAUGGUAUUUCAAUGCUCUUUGAAUCCAUAACUUGGAACAGGUUGCUUCCUUCUUCCUAAGUCAUGCCAGUAGUUUCCUCUGAAAUCUAAUCUCCCACAUCACAUGAUACCAGUGUCUUCUCACAAACUUCAGAGGGUUACUACAGAAUAUUGUGGUGUGUUAGCUAACCAAAUGAGGCUCACUGUGGAUUUUAGCUUUGGACAAACAAAACUGUAUAAAAUAUAACCUCUUUCCCAUUACUAUUUAUGUUGACACUGCUGAAUGUCUUGGAUUGUUUUUUUAGAGAAUCUGGCAAAUAUUAAAUGAAUGUGGCAUAACAACAUAACUUUCAAAAACGUAUAUAUCUCAAUAACUGUAAAGUAUGUCAUGUUAAAAAUAUUACAAAAUAUAUGUAAGAUACUAUGAGCUGAACAAUUUUGGAUAGGCUUUAUCAAUAAGCAAACUAUUAUUCUUGUCAGUAUGCUUCUGUGAUGUGAAGGUUCCAGUAAUUUGACGCAGUAAGUUCAUUCUUUCUAUAACUCACCUGCGUUUUCCGAUGUACAGUGUAAGAUGGUCCACGUGAUCAUAUUGUACAGAAUAAAACUUCACAUUACCCACAUUCAAUGCGAAA